AUGAUGUUCAAAAAGCUUAUUACCCUCCUCAGCCUCAGUGCUACCACAACCCUAGGCCUACCCGUCUCUGAAAACACACUGUCCCCACGAAAAGAGCCAGGGGCCUGUUCCAAAACCGAACUGCACGGGCCAACCAUUGCAUCCUACCUCAUGGGCGUUGCUUCCUUCUGCGACGGCUUCAUCACAGCCCCCGAGGGCGUCGAAGUCAGCGUCAACAAGCCCCUCGUCGGCACGGUCUCGCUGCCCGCAUUCGACAAUGGUGCCCCCAUCCACUGGGUGUUCAAGAUCAGCGUGGUGAGGGCGGGGAUUAAAGAGGCGCCCACUUGGAUCUCACAUGAUCAAUGUACGAAGCAGUUUAAAACAAUGGCGACGGAGGGGAAAUUGGGGGAUACUUAUUGUAUUCCUGAGGGCACUGGGUAUUCGGUGGCCACAGCGGGGCAUUUUCUUGACCCAGCGGGUAUUAAGCCGGCGGGAUACGUUCAGUAUGAGAUGAGGCCAAGGAGGGGGGGCUAGAUGGGGAGAGGGAUGAUGAGAUUGGGGAGAGGGGAGUUGAGAUUGGAACGAGGGACGAUGGGGGUAUAGGAAGGGGGAUUAUUUUCUUGUUUGCAACAUUUUUGGAUUCUUG